AUGAUGGCCAGCGUGGUGCGAGCGCUUCUGAUCCUCCUCUGCAUGAGGAACAUCCCUCAAGCUGCAGGAGUCCAGGUUUUGCCUCCUGUUAACUUCACUCUCACAGUCUCUGCGUUAGCACAAGUUCUGUUACACUGGAAACCAAACCCUGAGCAAGAGCACAGAAACUGCACCAUCAGAUAUGAUGUGAAAAUCCUCAGCCCUGAGCCUGAAGAGUAUGACACUGGGAAGACUCACAGUGUCCGAUCAGUGGCACUUCACAACGGCUUCUCCGCACGCGUCCGGACCCUGCUGCUCCACAGUGACCUGCAGCUGGGGAGUGAGUGGGUGAAGGGAGAGCUCCCACCCCUGCCAGGUGCUCCAGAGACAUCCGUCACUAAUUUGUCCUGUGUCACCCAAAUCACCAUUGCUGGGACUGUCUCUCUCCACUGCUCUUGGCUCCCUGGCCAAGGGGCACCAGAAGAUACCAAGUACUUUCUGUUUUACAGGUAUGGGACGUACACCGAAGAAUGUCACAGUUAUGUCAAAGACAAGUGGAACAGGAACACCAAGUGCAGCUUUGCAGGGACCCACAUUGAUCCUGAGCAGGUUGACAGUCUCGUUGCAGUGCACAUUAAUGGUUCCAGCAAACACGCUGCGAUCAAACCUUUCCAGCAGCUCUUUCAGCAAAAUGCCAUUGAGAAAGUGAAUGUUCCCAGAAACAUCUCUGUAUCCUUAGAGCAAAACAAUCUCCUGGCCACGUGGGAGAAGCCAAUUUCUCCUUUCCCUGCGGAAUGUUUUGAGUAUGAGUUUUACUUCAUCAACUUGAAGUCAGGUAACAAACAGACACUGCGAAUGUCCUCGAACAGUUUCCGCCUGCGGAUCGAUGGCACCAGCAGAUAUUCCAUCCAGAUCAGAGCCAAUCACCACGUGCACUGCGGGAGAGGAUUCUGGAGCAACUGGAGUGAAAGUGUCUGCGUGGGCCAAAACAAACUGGAGAGUUCCAUCUCUUGGAUUCUCACUGUGCUCUGUGUGUCCAUGUCCUGCACAUUCCUACUUACCACUCUGAUAUGUAAAAUAAACCACAUCUGGAGCAAGCUGUUCCCACCAAUUCCAACUCCCAGCAACAAAUUCAGAGAUCCUUUCCCAACCGACUACGAGAGAGCACGGACCUGCACCAGUGACACGGAGACUGAGUGUGGCAGCUUUGCUGAAGACCUCUACUGCAGUGUCCUGGAUGACUCUGUCUUCUGA